AUGACCGAGUUCAAUAUCGAUCAAUACGAGAUUACGGUUUCCGUCGACGAUGAUAAUGACAUCGGUAACUCGGAAACGAAUGAGAGUGACGAUGCCAAUACAACAUUCAAUAUUUCAACGAUCACUUCUCAUGAUGAAAGUGAUAAUGAGCCGGAUGCUCAGGAAGUUGAGCCCGAGAUCGCUGAAGAUUUGCAGAAGAUUGAAGAUACGAACGACCCCUCAUUAGUUAGUGUUCCAUUGCGACCCGUUAGUCAUCCUCCGAAGCGCAAGCUGCCAAAAGAGGGUGAACUAUUCAGCCGUUGGAUAUUUUACCAUCUCUACCAUCAUCGAAAUUUGCAGCCGGAAAAGAUUGCGCUGAUUGAAGAGGUUUCUGAGGCCAGGUGCGUCUCCUACGCGGAACUAGUCGAUGGCGCAAUAAAAACCGCCAAUUACAUGAGCCACCAUGGUAUCAAAAAGGGCGAUAGAAUUGCAAUGUGCAUGGAGAACAGCGUUGAAUAUGUGUUCUAUCAGUUAGGAGCUUAUCUACUAGGAGCUGUACCGGUUUUAAUAAAUCCAAGCCAUAUAGCUGCUGACAAGUUCGAAAUUAUCGAAUGCGCUGCAGCUGUUGUUGAUUUUGAUAACUACGGUCACAUCUUAAGAGUGUGUCAGAAAUUAAUAAAGGAAUGUCAGCACGUUUUCGUUCUUGCUGAAGAUUUAAGUGUGAUCUACAUACCACCACAUGUCUGGAUUUAUGAUGGAUUUGGUUUUCUAGAAUUCCCAAAGAAUUUUAAGAAAUCGAUGCCAAUGAAAGAUGGUCAUGUUACCAUAUUCUCAAGCAGUGGAGCUAAUGCCGCAAAGCCCAAAUUUGUAGCUCAUUCUUCACAAAGCAGUCAAUUGAUGGUGUAUGAAUACUUUGAUAAAUUAUUCGACCUGCUCGUCGAAAAAGACCCAGAUUAUACUUCCAUUAAUGGCCAUCAUUUAAUCACUAGUGGUCUUCAUUGUCAUGAUGCGUGGUCCUACUUGUACUAUGUGCUGAUCAAGGGUGAAACUUGUGUACUUGCCGAGUCCACGUUUGAUAUCUGGAGAGCAUCAUUCCUUGAUCGAGUAGCUGGUUUAAUUGAGCAAUAUAGGAUACCGCUUAUUCUUGCAAAUGCUCAACAUCUAAAAUGUUUUGUCAAGUAUGAAGUUCACAAUAUCUACGACAUAACUUCACUAAAAAUUGUCGCAAACACUGGAACAACACUUUCAAAAACGAUUGCACAAAAAAUCAAACAGAUGUUGAAUGUAUCAGUGACCCAAGCCUAUUCGGCGACAGAAUUCGGUGUUGUCGCCUAUGAGCUCUUCGAUGAAUCACUCGACAGCAAUGUUCUUUCUUGUGGUACUCCUUUCACUGGCACUCAAAUUUUCCAGAUUGCGGACCUUAGAACUGAGCGAGAGGUUGAAGUAGGCGAAUGGGGACAAGUUUGGGUUAGUGGGAAUAGUCUGUUCACGGAAUAUAUUGGAGAAAACGCUGACAAUGACUCAAGAAUCAAAGCGUGGUAUAGAACAGGAGACUAUGGCAUGGUGGAUCAUAAAAAUCGCAUUCAUAUUGGAGGACCUGUUAGCCAACUACUAGAAAUUCGGGGUAAAAAGAUGUCUCCAGAAUUUCUUGAAUCAAUUAUGAGCGAACACAAUGGUUUUGAGGACAUUGUUACGAUGAACAACGGACGUGAAUUGUGGUGCGGAGUGCUUAUCAAGGAUGAUGACAGUGCCCCAAGUAUUGAUGAACUCGACAAAAUUCUCAAAAAGCACAAAGUCUUGGCGAAUGUUAGUAAAAUAGUGACGCUUGACUUUAUUCCACGUUCGGAAAAUGGUAAAGUUCUCCGAAAUGAGAUACCGUAUCUCAUGAAUCUUGAGCACGAGGAGACAGUCGUUGCGGAAAACAGCGAAUCUUACAUUUAA